GCAAAAUAACUUUGGAAGUGGUUACUGGAGAAAGAAGGUGACCACGAACAGUCAUGGGAUGUGGUGUCUCAAAGUCCAACCAUUUCCACAAACACUCAAGGAAAGCCAUAAGAGCUGCUGUUCUGAUUCAGCGAUGGUACCGGCAGUAUGUCGCCCGCACAGAAAUGAGACGGAGAUACACCUGGAACAUCUUUCAGUCUAUCGAAUACUCUGGAGAACAGGCCCAGAUCAAGCUUUAUAAUUUUUUGGGCUAUCUCAUGGAUAAUUUCACACCAUCCAGCAGUGAACGAAAUCUGAUCUCACACAUCUUCAGAGAGAACGAUAUUUGUCGGGAUGCAGAAUGGGAGAGAUACUUCUGCUACAAGAACAUUGAGGUGCCAGAAGUUUACUCAGGGCCUCAUCUCACCUUUCCUCUGACAGUAGAGCAGGUGGUCGGUCUGUUGGAGGCCUUCAGGAAAAAGAAACAGCUGCACUCGCGUUACGUCCUCCAGCUGCUCCUGGAGACAUGGAAGCUGCUUCGCAUGUUGCCAAAUAUCAACCGCAUCUCCACCUGCAACAGCAAAGAAAUCACCAUCUGUGGCGACUUGCAUGGACAGCUAGAGGACCUGCUGCUGAUUUUCUAUAAGAAUGGGAUGCCGUCUCUUGAGAAGCCCUAUGUAUUUAAUGGAGACUUUGUGGACCGAGGGAAAGACUCCAUCGAGAUCCUCCUCAUCCUGUUUUCAUUCCUGCUUAUUUAUCCAUGUGACGUCUACCUCAACAGAGGAAACCACGAAGACCAUAUAAUAAAUCUGAGGUAUGGCUUCACAAAGGAGGUGUUAACAAAGUACAAGAUACACGGCAAACGGAUACUGAAACUACUGCAGAAAAUUUUCAGCUGGUUGCCAUUGGCAACAGUGAUCGACCAGAAGGUGCUGGUCCUCCAUGGAGGCAUCUCCGAUACCACCGAACUCAGCGUCCUGGCCAAACUGGACAGACACAGUUACGUCUCUGCGCUCAGGCCUCCAAAGAAGAAGAACCAGACCUCUACUGGGACAUCCAUCGACAUGGAUGAUGACGUCUGGAACACCAACAAGCUCUACAUUCGUCGGGCCUCCCUGACGCAUACAAAACCCAUAGGAACCCGGGACUGCUUUCACAACCGCUCGCUGCAAGACUUCUCCAGCCGCAUCAAAGUGAAUGAUGAGGAGGAGCAGAGGAGCCCCAGCAGGACACGAUCCGUGUUUCACUCAACAGUCGGCAAAUCUGAUAAGGAAAUUCUGUCUGCAUCCAAUGACUCUGUCAACAGUGAUGGGGUCAAUGAGGAGUGGAAGCAGAUCCUGGAUCUGCUCUGGAGUGACCCAAUGAUUCAGAACGGCUGCAUACCAAACGAGGUGCGGGGUGGGGGCUGCUACUGGGGCCCCGACAUAACCGAGGACUUCCUAAACAGACAUAACCUGCAGCUCAUCAUCCGCUCCCAUGAGUGCAAACAGGAAGGUUAUGAGUUCUGUCACAACCGGAAGGUCCUCACACUGUUCUCUGCCUCUAAUUACUAUGAUGUGGGGAGCAACAGAGGGGCCUAUCUGAAGUUGGGCCCAGACCUUGUGCCUUAUGUGAUUCAGUACCAGGCCAGCAGUAUGACCAGAGAGCUUACUGCGAGACAAAGUAUUGGGCGAACCGAGCGCUCGGCCCUCAAAGUCCUGCGAGAGCAGCUUUUUGCGCACAAGUCUGACCUCAUCUGUGCCUUCAAAAAGUUUGACAGCGAGAACACAGGUUUAGUGUCUUUGACCGACUGGGCCACUGCAGUGGAGAGUGUGAUGCACCUCAAUUUGCCCUGGAGGAUGCUUCGUUUUCAGCUGGUCACGUGCAAGACCAGUGAUGGCAUGAUCGACUACUAUGAGUGGUUCAAUGAGCUCGCCAUCAAGGAGCCCAACGCAGACCACAUUGAGCAGAGUCUACUGGAAACGUUGUACCGCCAUCGCUCCACUUUGGAGACCAUCUUCAGGAUUGUAGACACUGACAACUCAGGUUUCAUCACCAUGGAGGACUUCCGGCAAACCUGGAAGCUUCUGAGCGUCUACCUAAAGAUGGAGAUCACGGAUGAGGCCAUCUCCGACCUGGCUGUCACCAUCGACAGCAACCAUGAUGGCAGCAUUGACAUUGAUGAGUUCAUGGAGGCUUUCCGGCUCACAGACAAGAAGAGCCGACUGGAGAGAGGACGCAGCAUGUUCAUGGGUACGGGCACUGACCUCACGAAGCUGGAGGGAGAUCCCAACAUAUGACUAAAGAGAUUGAAAAGAUUGAAAUCAGACUCUUCGGCAGGCAGCAGAGGAGAUUGGAGGGGGAGCCGCAGCCAACACAAGCUGCUUGAAUGACGCACAUGAAGCUGCAGGAUGCUGCUGAGCAACAGCUGUGUGGAUCACAGGGAAUUAGGGAGAGGUUAGAGAUCAAAAUGUCUGACUGUGAGGUUUGUCUCACGUUGUGAAGCAGUGUUAAUCAGAAGAAAUGUGGGUGAAACACAGGAACAUAAGAAAUUGAUCUAUUUUGUUUGGUUAGACUAGUUAUAAAACUAAAAAACAAAAAAGGAUAUCAUAUUUAGACUAAAUUACUAUUUUACUACUAAUAAUCUGAUGACUUAUCAGUUUUCUGAUAAGUCAUCAGAUUAUUAUUCAAUCCUCAUCUUAAACAAAAGCUGAAACAAACACUCAACAAUGACUCCGAAGUGCAUCCUGGAUAAGAGUGCAGAGACUUUAAUGCUUCAGAUAUGAAGAUAAUAAAAGAAAAUAUCUUAAAUAGAUCAUAAAUAUUAAAUUUAAAAAGUAGACGAUCCAAGGAGUCGUGUCUGCUUAUAUUAACAAUGUCAGAUUUUUUUAUCUGGUUAAAAAGUUUACAAAUGGUUCUUAGAAGGUAAGGAUGUGAGGACACUUCAAAAUGCUUUCCAGUCUGUAGCCGCACAACGUUUGUUUUCUUUGUCAGUCCAGCCACGCAUUACAGUAAACAUACAUAUCCCAUAAUUCACACACAUGUAUG